AUGGCGCUUUACGAGUCAAAGACUCCUCCGCUUGAGCAUGCCUCGCCGGCCGCGAGCUACAACAACGAUGGGGACUUUUCACGCAUGGAUCCCAGCGGGGUGAAGCGUGGACUCAAGACGCGCCAUCUGUCCAUGAUGGCUCUUGCUGGAAUCAUUGGCCCGGGCAUCCUCGUGGGAACAGGUGGUGCGCUUGCAAACGGUGGGCCCGCCGCCCUGCUCAUCGGCUUUGGUGUCAUUGGCAUCAUUGCGUUCAGCAUCACGCAGUCUCUGGGCGAAAUGACGACGUUGUAUCCUACGGGAGGAGCCUUUGUCACACUUUCCGAUCGCUUUGUCGACAAGGCUUUUGGCGUGGCCGUGGGCUGGCAGUACUGGCUUGUCUGGGCCUGCGUGCUUGCGAAUGAAUACAACAUCAUUUCCUCGCUGCUCGUCUUCUGGAGCGACAAGGUGCCUCUGUGGGGGUACUUUAUCAUCUUCUGGUUUGCCUUCUUGGGAUUCCAGAUGCUGGGUAUCGAGUCGUUUGGGGAGGCGGAAUUCUGGCUGGCUCUGACCAAGCUUGCGGGACUGUGCGCGUACUUCAUCUUCGCCAUCAUUUACGCGUCAGGAGGCUUGAUCGGACAAAAGGAAGCCCUGGGAUUCCGUUACUGGCACGACCCUGGACCUUGGUCGAAUGGCUUUCGUGGUGUCGCCGUUGUCUUCGUCUUCGCGUCGACCUUUUACGCGGGAGUCGAGGCUGUGGCAGUCGCUGCAACGGAGACGAGAAAUCCUUCCGUGGCUGUCCCGCUGGCUAUCAGACAGGUCAUCUGGCGUAUUCUGUUUGUCUACAUGGGAGUCGCCUUCUUCUUCGGACUUACCUGCCCUUCUGACGCCGAUGACCUCGCCAACGGAGCCAGUCGAGCGCUGAAAAGUCCAAUGACGAUUGCCAUUCAGAGAGCGGGCUGGGAAGGCGGCGUCCAUCUCAUCAACGCCUUCAUCUUCAUCACCGUACUUUCCGCCGCCAACAGCUCCAUCUACAUUGGAUCGCGAACCAUACUUUUCAUGGCACAAGAAAAGAUGGCGCCCAAGUUCCUGGGCAAGACCAAUAGCCGCGGAGUGCCCGUCUACGCAAUUGUCUUCACGAACCUGUUUGGAUGUCUUGCGCUGAUGAAUGUCAGCACCGGCGGUGGCAAAGCUUAUACCUACAUCAUCAACCUCAGCGGUGUCUCCACCUUCCUUGUCUGGGGUGCCAUUUCCUUUACGCACAUUCGCUUCCGCAAGGCGUGGCACGCGCAGGGCCGGACCGCAGCCGAUCUUCCCUUCAAAUCCUUCUUGUACCCCUGGAACGCCUACUUUGGCGUCUCGGCCAAUAUCUUCCUUGCCAUCGUUCAGGGCUGGACGACACUGAGCCCGUUUGACGCCGGCCUGUUUGUUGAUGCGUAUAUUCUGUUCCCCGUGUUUGGCAUCAUCUACUUUGGAUACAAGUGGUGGUUCAAGACGCACCUCUGGAAGAGCCAUGAGAUUGAUCUCGAUGCGGGAAGGAGAAAGGACUUGGACCAAAAGGACGAGCUCGCACCGCACGGUGGAGUCUUGGUCAACGAGGAUGGGCAACCACAGGCCAAGGAAGGUCUGGUAAAGAGGUUAUGGCGGAACUUUUGA